AAGCCCAGUGGAGAAUCACAGUAACGCACCUCCUGUAAUAAUUCUGCACUUCACUUCAGUGUAGUAUGGCAUCCAGGAGAAUGGAGACCAAACCAGUGAUAACCUGUCUCAAAACACUCCUUAUCGUCUAUUCCUUCGUUUUUUGGAUCACCGGAGCGAUUCUCCUAGCUGUAGGAGUGUGGGGAAAGCUCACCUUAGGCACAUACAUCUCCCUCAUCGCCGAGAACUCCACCAACGCCCCCUAUGUCCUCAUCGGCACGGGAACCACCAUCAUCGUCUUCGGCCUCUUCGGGUGCUUCGCCACAUGCCGCGGAAGCCCAUGGAUGCUGAAACUGUAUGCCAUGUUCCUGUCUCUGGUGUUCCUGGCAGAGCUGGUCGCAGGCAUCUCUGGAUUUGUGUUCCGGCACGAAAUCAAAGGCACGUUUCUGAGGACGUACAAUGACGCAGUGCGAAACUACAAUUCGAAGGAUGACCGCAGCCAAGCAGUAGAUGAUGUGCAGCACAGUCUGCGCUGCUGUGGCGUGCAGAACUACACCAGCUGGUUCACCAGCAGCUACUUCCCUGAGAACGGGAUCCCGCCCAGCUGCUGUGCCAACGCCUCUGAUUGCAGCCCCCAGGACCUACGCAACACCACCAUCGUCCCCAGCAAGGUCUACCAACAGGGCUGCUAUGAGCUGGUAACCAGCUUUAUGGAGACCAACAUGGGCAUCAUUGCAGGGGUCGCCUUUGGGAUUGCGUUUUCACAGGUGAGCUGAUCCAGCCUUUGCAUUCUCACGGUGAUUUCUGCUGGGUUGGACUGUUUCUCCAAGGAGAAACUUGUCUAGAGUUCCACAUUGAACGUGAAAGCUUUCAGACACAGACCAUGUGACUCAUCUUGUUAAAUUGGUUACAGGAAGCUGAAUCUUCCAAGAUCCUCAUCCAGCUGCCUUGCGAGGGAUCCUAACAAACCAGCUUCGACAGCUUGGUUAGGUCAUUUGUUCCAAUAUCCAACAUCUGUUUCUAUGAAGAAUUACCUCCCGUGUGCCGUCCUAAAUAAAUUGCACUUGACUUUCAUUUGUACCCUCAGGCCACAACUGCCUUACUGAGCUCAAAGUAGCUGUUUGGGUUCACUGUGUCAAUUCAGUUCAGGUUACUGAAAACACAAGUCAGAUCUCUGCAGAUUCUUUUCCAGGCUUUGGAAAGAGCAGAAUAAAAGCAGAAUAAAAAGACUAAAAUGUCCACACACCAAGGGUUUCACAUUUUAGUCCAUGUAUUCUGCUUUUUCCAAUACGCCAGUGUGUUUUUUAAAUUGUACAGUUCUAACCACAAAUGAGCACUCUGUUUUUAAUGUUGUUGUAUGAACGACAACAGACCGGAGCCAUAGUGAACAGUGACAGUAGACAGGAGCUCCAAUGAUUUGUGAAAGAUCCAGGUUAUUUGCCAGCAUGUUGGUCACAUGAGCAAUGAAUCGACUGUCUCAGACUGUCAGGGAGUAUGCCUGCCUAAUGAAGAAUGGGUGCUUCGUUAAGCUCUGAACUGAUUGGAGUGGUAAUUAGAGACGUUUUGUGUUUAUUUCAACCUUUGGUACAUGGUUGUAGUUUUUCCGUCCUUUUCUUCACGCUUGCCUUUAUGUGGGUAACUCCACAUCGGCCUUCGCCACCCUUAAAAGCCCAUACAUCAUUUUCCCAUUUUUGGAGUUUACAAAAAAAUGCUAAUUUAAUUUGCUGCCUGCCCAACACACCUCCUGGUCAGCCUGUAAGACUGUUAGACAGAAGCCUGAUGAGAACCCGUCUUAAAAACCUCCUUCUUCACUGCUCUCACUCUGCGCAGUUGUAGCAAAAUAGUAGCUGACUGUUCAAAACUGAUGAACUGAGUAAAGCCCAUUUUAAAACAAGAAAAGUAACCAGGGAUUGUUUACUCAUGUUGAUUCUGAAGAGACCAGCAGCCAUCGAAUGACCUCAGGCUUGAGUGCAGAUGUCUAUCUGAACUGCUGUGUUGUGUUAAGACAUGAUUGCACUACACUGCAGUGAUUUUUUUUCCCCUGUCUUGUUGUGAUCCGCCCCUCGUGCCUUAAGGAAAUGCAACUUAUUUUCCUCCUCCAAGCAAGGAGGGUCCAAAAAUACUUGUCUUCUUUAAAACAAAAGCCCAAUUUGAGAUGUAACAUGCCAUACAAUUUGUAUUCAACAGACACUCAUGGUCGCAUUCACGAAAAGAAAACCAGUCUUUAUUGUUCUGUUUUACUCUUUCUUGUACUCAUGAUCCUGGUUGAGGAAAACAGAAAUUUUAAAGGUGGGAAAAAAAACAACAACAGACACUUUCUGUAUAUUUAGUAACAUUGCUUAAAAAGGGAACAUUCCCAGUUGUUCAAAAGCCUAGCAACCUGACACUUUAGAUAUAUCAAUCACUUACAAUCAUGUCAGGUUUUUUAUUUUAGACUAUGUGAUGAACUGACAACCUAGCCACAAUUCACAGAAAAAAACUCCAGAAUUUUACGCAAAACUGUUUGUUUGAAAAGAAAAUGAGAUAAAACUACCAGCUCAAAAUACAUCACCCCUCCACCAGUCUCAUCACUUCCUUCCUUUAAUCAGCUGCCUUAAACCAACACCAAUAUAAAAUGAAAGUGGUCGCUAACCUCCUGCUCAGUUAAACAUGCCCAAUUAAGCUCCACAGUCCUCAGCCUUCUUAUUGCAGCUAAUGGGAAUGCCAAGCAGUUAACCAUCAUGUGACCCACGCGCAGGCCAGCGUUUUCACUCCAUGGACUAUUAAUUGAACUGUAAAUGUUAUCGGGAAUAAAAGGCAGGGGAAAUCAAUGGCACCUAUUAAAGCCAGCUCCAUCCUAAUGUGCUUAAUCCCUCUGUGCGCCCUGACAGGCUCAUCCUCGGCUGUGAUUUCAGCGCAGGAAGACUCGCGCUUCUCUCAGAGCUGCUUCGCUUCAGAUUUUCGUCCUUUCUCUUUUAAUUAAAAAGGAUGCAUAUCUCUCGGAAAAUAAACAUCUCUGCUCGCUGUGCGUCUCUGCUGGUGCAGUGCAAUUAACCAGUUCCUGAAAAGGAAGGAGACGGAAAUAACAAAGGGAGGAAUUUAAGUGGCGAGAGAGGGAAAAAAAAAUCAAAAGAUUGGGAUGCUUAUUAGCACGAUUGCUUUGUAAAUAUUAGAGGUCUGACUCUAGUGAUGGAUCUGUCAUUUUUGAAGAUGAAACUGUUGGUAAUUAACAAUACCACGUUUUCCUCAGCACAUGUGGGUUUUUCUGUUUUCUGUAACUUGUGUGAUUCAUGAACGGCCUUAAAAUCUGUGAUAUGCAGCGUCAUUGUCUGGCUCUCUGGGGUUUCAAUGAAAAAGCACAGUUUUCGAAGAGCCCUGAGAAAUUCAACCAUGUGACGUCAACAGGAGUAUCGCCGGCGAGCUGUUUGUUUUAAUUUGC